AUGAGUCAGAGGCAGUUAACGGUUACGUUGACGGAGGAAGCGUUGUUGAUCGCCGCUGCUGGUCAUGAUGUGCAAGGGCCACGGGUGCGGGUCUCGUUUGGGGAUGCGAAGGUUGCUUCGGAAUCAUCAGCAAGGAACGUUUCGUCUGAUGUUUCGUUACGGGUUUCCGGCAUAGCGGGUCUGCUGCGGCUGGACAGUAAGAAGAGUUAUCUUGUCGCUCUCACGAAGGUUACGGAUGUUGGUUUCCUGCCGACGGAGAAGAAGCGAGAACGGGUGUAUCGUGUCGAUGACGUCGUACUCAUUCCACUCGUAUACGAGCCAGCAAAAGAAAUCCUGGAGAAGCUCCGGAAGAUCCAGACGGAGCACGAACAGUCGCGGAGCAUUAUCGACGAUGACGAAGAGGAUAACACCAUCGACGACUCCGGUUCUGAUUACGAGUCUGAGUAUUGCAGUGACGACGAUGAAGGAAGCGUUACGAAGGCCGGAUCCGCCGAACCAGCGACCGAUCCAGCAGAUGAAAGCAUUGUCCUCGAUGAGUCCCCUUCACUCGCACAAAGUCCACCCCGCGCACCCGUUGCAGAAAACGUGAUUAAGCGAAGAGGAUUGUACGGCCGUAUCAUGAAAGGCUGGUUCGGGAGGAAGGGGUUCCGUGCUCAAGGACAGGAUCAAUUGGCACUUUUCGAAGGCGGUGCGACCCCGCGAAAGGAGAAGUCGGAUCCGUUCUUGACUGAGGCUGGAGCCGAUGCCGAGUCGGAGGCUGAAACAACGGAGGAAGUGAAGAAAGAGGUGUUGGAGGAUGAGGGAUUUACGGCGGAGAGCUUGGUGGGAAAGUUGGUGAAGACCAUUCAGGUGUUGUUUUCUUCGCAGACGAUGUUCUUUUGUUACGUGCAUGAUUUCACGAGACAAUUCCAGGGUGGAGACGGCCCACGCCGCGAAUACAUCUUCAACAACCACAUCUCACAACCCUUCGCCGACGCCGGGCUGGAGUCAUUUUGCGUGAAACUUACUCAGGGGUUCUUUGGUCAACGAAAAUUGAACUUACCGGAAGAUAAGGGAGAAGGGUUUCUUACUAUUGUUUCACGGCGGAGCUGUUUACGGAAUGGUCUGCGGUAUAUGAGGCGUGGGUUGGAUGACGAUGGGAAUUGUGCAAAUUUUGUGGAGACGGAAGAGGCUUUGUUUGUCUAUCCUUCACCGGGUGAAACGUCUGCUGAACCAACCUGGUUUUCGCAUAUUCAAAUCCGGGGUUCAAUACCGCUGUUUUUCUCACAAUCGCCGUAUACGCUGCAUCCCGUCCCGCAGCUUCAUCGGUCUGAUGCGGCGAAUACUAAAGCGCUACAGAGACACUUCGAUAACUUGAAGAGAGUGUAUGGUGGUGUACAAUGCGUCAACCUUGUGGAAAGCCAGAAUCGGGAGGCGAUCGUGGGAGCAAAGUAUGAGGAGGAGGUGAGAGACCUGCAUGACGAAGCAGUCGGAUGGAAGUGGUUCGAUUUUCAUCAUGAGUGCAAGGGCAUGAAGUUUGAGAAUAUUUCGCGGUUGGUGGCGAAUGAGGACAUCGAUGCGCAACUCCUUAAAUACGGAUGGUCAUCUGAAGGCUCCCGUCAGAAAGGAGUGUUCCGCACAAACUGCAUGGACUGUCUUGACCGCACCAAUGUGGCACAAAGCGCGUUCGGCAAAGCUGUGCUAAACCGCUGGCUCGAACAGCUCAACCUCGAGCUAACAAUCGCAGACUCCGAUAACCUCAACUGGAUCUGGGCCGAUAACGGGGAUGCAAUCUCCCGCUCCUAUACCGGUUCCGCAGCCCUUAAAGGCGAGUUUGUCCGUACCGGUGUGAGGGACUACAAAGGGGUGAUCGCUGACGCCACGAAUUCCUUGACGAGAUAUUUCACGAAUGUCGUGAGCGAUUUCUUUACACAGCUCGUGAUUGAUUUCGUGCUUGGUGGUGUUUCAGCGCAUGCGUUUGAUGAUUUUGAAAGUCGGAUGAUCAAUGAGGAUCCGGGACGUCUCGUUAAAGCUGAGCAGAUGCGGCAGAAUGCGAUUGAGGUGACGGCUGGUAUCGUCAUUGUCGAAGGGGAGGAAAUGCUGGAUGGGUGGACGCUCUAUUCUCCUGUUGAACCGAAUACAAUUCAGACACGGGAUUUUACGGAGUUGGUGUUGCUGCUGACAGAGGGAGCGCUGUAUGCUUGUCGGUUUGAUUUCGAGACGGAGAGGGUGUUGGCGUUUGAGCGAAUCGCGCUAAAUAAUGUUGUUUCGAUUCAGCGGGGUGUGUACAUCACGUCGACCCUCCAUCACGUCUUCACGGACCCGAAACGGAAUGUUGGGUUUGUAUUGCGGUAUGUUGCAGGUGAUCCAGACGCAAUCCGUACGAAUCACAGGAGUAUUAACAACACUGUCGAUCGAGGGAAGGGAUCGAGUGAUAUCCGAGUCCUGGCGUUCAAGGCCACGCCCUCGCAGAGUGGCAAGCGUGAUGAAGAGAGGCUUGUUAGGGCUGUCGUAGACGAGAUCGCGACGAAGUGUAUGGGUGGGGAUGAGGAGAGGGCUAAGGAUUUGAUCGAGGAGAGGGAUAUCGUAAGUCUUGCGGAAGCGCAGGGUGCGACGGGCUUAUGGGAGCGGUUGGAGUAUGGGUUCAGGAAGUGGGUUUGGGCCUGA